CCGACGUGUGCAAAUAGCAAUGGAUGUGUGUGCGAAUGGCUGUGGUCCUAAAUUUACAACGGUGCAGCGAGCGCACUGCCCUAUCCGCCCCAGCCCUGCCCCUCUCGACCAAGCAGCUGGUGCACCCCGCCGUUUGUCGUAUUGUCGACGGCGUCGAAAUGAGACGGCGGGGAACCAGUCACCAACAAGGCACGUCUCGUCAGCCGCCAGCAAGGAACAGCUCGCUUGCCCCAAGUUGACAGCGCUGGUGCGGCCAAGGGCUGGGCAAGGGUUACUUCGUUUCUGGAGAGGAGCGUCUGCCCCAGGGAUCGAGAGCUCUGUGUUCGGUUCCGCUGUAGUGGAUACACGGACAUCACCCGGGCACGCCAACGAGCAACGUGCGUCUUGUAGUUGGAGGCUGCAGGCUGAAGGAUGGCCGGUGCGACUCUCUGGCGUUCUGGGUGAAUUUUGGGAUUGCGUUCCUGGGUCGAGUCGUGAGGUAGUCGGAGCUAAGGACCGUCUCAAACAAGCCGCCCACUGGUCCAUGCCUGGAUUCCCUGUCCAGACCCGUUGCGGGCGUGGCAGCUGAGAAGUCACUAGAGGGGACGAGGCACGCUAACAAACUGAGCGCGAUGUGGUGGCGCCCCGUUUGAAGUCCUUCAACACCGACGCGGCGGAAGAGCACGAUGAUUGAAAUAGAGAGGCCUCGGCCGCUGCGAACCUUGACGCCGGCCGUGGAGAUGGGGAUAUGAGACGUGCCCCCGGGGGAUUCUUGGGGGCGACUCGGAUUGUGAAACACAACUUAGAGGGGCG